ACCUCCCCCGUUAGAUGAUCGAUAAUUUCAAUCGAGUUAUUUAAUUCACUGAGAGAAGUUUCCUGAUAUCUUCUGCAACUUAUGUACAUAUUACAUCCGGAAAUUUAUCUAACACAUGUGAUUUUUCUGUUUUUAUCCCGGAUUACAAUUAUUUUUUCGGUUAAAAUUUUACUUGUUAACUUUUGGGGAGGAAACAAGAACAGCCAUCAAGAAAAAGUGCACGUCUUUGGUGCAAAUUGGAAAUUUGCGUUAUAUUUGAGACGAAAUCUUAGUGUUAGUUUAAAGUGAAUCAUUUGGAUUUUCACAGACUCGGAAAGUGAUUUUAGGAGCAACAUGUCAACCAGCAAUUCUGGUCGUGGUAAGAAAAGGUCUCGCGCACAGGCAAAUGGAAACGAGGAAGGCGCUGGCCCAUCUGGCUCAUCAGCCCCUAAAACUGCGAAGUCCACCGCAAACAACAAGUUGAUGAGUACAUCCCUUAAAAGGAUUCAGAAAGAACUUGCCGAGAUAACUCUUGACCCACCUCCAAACUGCAGUGCUGGACCAAAGGGAGAUAAUCUGUUUGAAUGGGUAUCAACUAUACUAGGGCCCCCAGGGACCGUGUACGAAGGCGGAGUCUUCUUUCUCGAUAUACAUUUCACCUCAGAGUAUCCCUUCAAACCACCAAAGGUGACGUUUAGAACACGAAUCUACCACUGUAACAUCAACAGCCAAGGAAAUAUUUGCCUAGACAUUCUAAAAGACAAUUGGUCACCGGCUCUGACCAUAUCUAAAGUGCUUCUCUCGAUUUGCUCCCUUUUAACUGACUGUAACCCUGGCGAUCCUCUUGUUGGAAGUAUCGCUACUUUGUACUUACAAAAUCGACAGGAGCAUGAUCGUGUUGCGCGACAGUGGACCAAAAGAUUCGCAACAGGACUUCAAUCUAGUACAAGUAUUAAUGGAAAAGAAAAGGAAUCAAAUACACAAAAUGGAGAUGCUAACGUGUCAGACAAUAACACACCUAGUCCAGCCUCAGUCUCAUAAUAUCUGUGUCAGUGAAAUGCUUGAAUGAAAUAUGGUUUUAAAUCUGGAUCAUUUGGAUGUAUUGAUAAGUGUUUUUAAGUCAGUUUGAAAAAAAAAAUGUUUUAAAUGAUGGAUUUAGUGUGAAUUAUGAUCCACAUGAUGAUAAUUAUUAUGUGGUGUGGUAAUAAAAAAAAGUUGUGCAUGCGUAUAAAAUUUUCAUCGUCAUCAUUUGGGCAUUAAAAGUGCCGGUUAAAAGCUCUGCUUCAGUGAACAUUUUUUGAAAGCAAGUUUACGAGUUUACCAUGUUUUGAAAUCCCACCUUUCAUCUUGUAAAUGUUCUUACACGGCACCAUGAGACUGUUCUACAUGCCGAAAGGAGAAAAUGAAACUUGUGCUUACGAAAAAAUGUGUUUUCUUUCAUUAUUGAAAUGUUUAUAACAGUUAUCUAUAUGGGUACAACUGGAAUAAAUGUAUAUAUAUAUAUUAUUUUUUCGGGUAUGAUUAAUUUGUUUUCAUAUAGUUUGCCAAAUUCUUUUUUAUGCAUUUAUAAUUAUAAUGUACAGAUUCCUAGUGAGGUCACUAGUAAAGAUUUGAGAUAUACUAAAAAGACUAAGGGAUGAAAAUUAAUAUUUAGAUCUUUGCCUUAACUUGCUGAAUUUGUGUAUUGGUUUUGCCCUACUUUGGACUUGGAAUAGUCCGUUUGAAUUUGAGGGGUAUACAAAAUACAAAAAAUUGAGUUCAACCGUUAAAGAGCUUCAGGUCAGGCUGCGAGCAGUUGUAGGCUGGCCUGGUUGUAUUGGUGGCAAGGCUGAUCACUUAGUUUCAGCAGAUUAUGGGUUAAAGUAUCGAAUAUGACAAUGUGUUAUGUGUUUUACUCCCUUUAUCAUUGUUGGACCUUAUUUUUCAAUGGACACUAUUUUACUUCCCCGUUAUAUACAUGUAGGAAGGCAAAAAAAAUAAAAUAUAUUCUUUUUAAAUUGUUAAGUAAGUUUUACUCUGGGCUGUUUUUCUUCUGUUUAUUUCAAUGAGUUAAUAUAAUUUUGAUGUAAAAUUUUUCACAAAAAUAACAUCUUGAUUGUGAUGGUACAGUAUAAAACCCUUUUUUGGAGGGUUUGGAGUCUUUAAAUUUUUUUAUCUGAGAAAUGUAGCCAAGAAUGAAUACAUGAUGAAAGCAGACUAAAACAUUUGCUCCUUUAGGCCAACCUGUUUUUGUCCAGAGUUAUGGCCCUUUUACAAAUUUAUAUGUUUGCCUGUAACACACGCUGAGGUGCCCAUGGCAAAGCAUCAUGGGCAAGUGACGAAACCUUCUGAGCUUUAUUUACAUAGAACAUAAUGAAUAAAAUGAACAUCUAUAGCCAUCUACAGAUUUUGUUAACACUAAGUUUAGAAGUAGGGCAUUUCAUUUACAUGUUCUCAGCUAAUGAUAUUUCCAAUAACCUCGCUAUAUGAAUGGUCUCUUCAUCGUUGCAACAAGGUCCUUCAAGACAGGGUCAUAUUGUAUUUUUGAUUCAAUUUUGAUAUAUGAUGUAGGUUGUAGACUGUAUUCCGAUAGGUAAGGUAUCGGUGUCUCGGCUAUCAAGGGAUGAUGGGUUUGAACCUGUACUUUGGUAACGAGCUCAUUUCCCCAUGUGUCGCUUGGUGACACUAUUUUUGCUAGAAAUGGAUGCGGGCUCCAGAGCAAUUGGAGCAAAUAUUUUUUUUUGGUAAUCAAGUUAUAAAUAGGAUAAUAAUUAAACUAUAGUUAUACAUUUGUACUUCCAAAUUUUUAUGAAAAUUAGCAUGAGCCUGGAGGUGUGCUGCUUUAAAGUGUUUUGUUCAGCAAUUAGUUUUAGUUUUAUUAAAUAUCUCGAGAAUGUGGUUCAAACAUGAUUGUUUCUAAUGGAAUUAAAGAACAUGGUUGCAUCAGGUUUUGUAACAUUAGUCCCCAAACGGUGUGUUUAUUCUCUUAUUCUCUAAACCUGAUUUUUAUGUUGUUAUAGUAACAAAGUUAUUAGCCAAAGAAUAUUACUGUCCAGUUCUUGUUUUUACUGUGUUAAUUGUUGAAUUCAACAUCAUCAUUUUCUUCUUGCCAAUUGUUGUGAUAUGCACGCUGAAAUGGACCAUGGUAAAACAUUAGAAAGAAAUAAAAAGAAAUGCUAAAAAUGUUGUAUAGCAUUAAUGCUUUGUUGUAUAGCAUUAAUGCAUUAAUUACAGUAAAAUCUGUCUGUUUAAAAGGCAGUCUGUGGUAGUGUAGAAAUUUUCUAAACUGACUUUUUGGUUAUAUUCCAAAGUGCAAAUAACAUCUCAUUGCAUGUUGAUUUUUAGCUCAACUAUUCAAGGAAUAGGAAGAGUUAUAAUUGUACACACCAGGCUACGGUGACGCUUUCAGUCUUACACUUUGGUAAAGUUUUUGCAUGCAAGUUGGUAUCUCCGAAAUUAUUAAAGUAAGUGGGUUGAAAACUCACACACUUACUUGAAAGGAAAAUAUAAGGUCACUGUUCAUGGCCCAUAACUCUAACAUGGAUCUGACAGAAUUGUUAUCAUUUUUGAACAUAGAAAAUUCUACAUUAUCCAGGUUUUUGGUUUACUUUCAAUAACUGAGAAUAGUCUAGCAUGCUGUCCUAUUGACAGCUCUUGUUUAAGAUGGUCUUUUAUACAGUUUUGACUGUAAGUUAAAUUCUAUAAUGACUCUUAAGAAAUACUGUUUUGAGCAGUUAUCAAUAAUUAGUGUUUAAUGAUUUUAUAUGGAUUUAUAAGAUAAAUUUUGUUUUAUGUGCCAUUGUUUUAUAAUGUAUGGCAGUUAUUAGGAUUUCAUUUUCAGAGAAAUUUGUGUUACAUUAUGACUGUGUCCAAAAAAUCAGUUUCCACCAUUGUAAAGACUAUUAUAUUGAAUUCAUGGUUAUAUAUUAAAUUCAUGGUUAUGUAUUGAAUUCAUAGUUAUAUAUACUGAUAUAUUUCAGUUUGCUAGAUAUUUUUGAAAAUUGAGUUGUUUGAUAGAUUUCCUUUUUAGAAAAAUGUUGUAUCAGUUUCACUAAACCUGUUAUUUUACGCCUCUGUGGCCGAGGGGUUAGAGUCGAUGACUUCUAAUCCAGUUACCUCUCUGGUGUGGGUUCGAUCCCCAGGAGAUGCUUUGGUAGUUUAGCACGGAGGAAGGUAGUCUAGUACUGGUGUAACUCUCCAGGAAUGAUGGUUAGGAAACUACCCGCCUAUAUGACUGAAAUACUGUUGGGAAAAGGCGUAAAAUGAAACAAACAAACAAAACAAAAUAUAUUGUAAAACUUCAAUAUGAGAAGUAUUCUAAAAAAAUAAGAGUGAAUGCUUCCUUUUGAUCGGGUACAAUAAUUUUGGAUUAGCCAAUCAGAUGUAAAAUAAUUUUCAGACUGGUUUACAAACUUUAUUACAUUUGUCAAACAUGCUACAUGUUAUAUUUUGAUACAUUGUACCUGUCUAUGAUUGUUUAUUAUUUUUCUUGAUUAGAUUUAAAUUUUUGUUUUAAAACAGCCAAUCAGAAGCGAGAACCCAGGGACUGGUUUACUUUUAUUUGAAUUUGUAUAGUUUUCAGAUAUGAAUGAAAUUUUAAAAAAAGUAUUUAAGCCAAAUUAUAAAAGAAUGUCAAUACCUCAAUGCAUUUUUUUGCGUAUCUAUUAUUUACGGUAUAUGCGUCAGUAGACCUUUUGUUCUAAGAUUGUUUUGUUAAUAUUUUGUUUUUCUGAGAUGAAAAAUUAAGACAUUUGCUAAUCAAUACAAGUCUCAUUGGUUCCCCUCUCUAUGGAGUCACAACAAUGGUUAUUAUCCAAUGCAAGGAACCAGAAACUUGAUUAAUUUCAAGAAUUUGAUUUACAUCCAAAGAAGAUUUCAAAGCAAUUUGAAACUAAAAGUAAAUAUAGUUUUAAAUAAGUAGACAAAUAUAGUUUCAAAAAUGUUAAAAGCAUGCUUAUGUGUUCAGAAGUUGUGUGCUCCUGCAUUUUAUUUCCAAGUUUAAACUUCCAAACAAAUUUAGUGAUUUUCAUUAAGAUAGGAAUUAAGGAAUAUAAUACUUUUGUAAUCUUUGAGCAUUAUUAUUUUCUUUAUUUUUGUUCUUUAUUUUGUCCUUUAUUUUUAAUUGCAAUAUUGCUGGACUUGUUUUGGUUUUUGUAAUCAAUUAUCAGUCACUCAUUUACACCAUACAUAGUCAGCUUAUACUUACUUAAGAUCUGUAUCAAAAUAACUUUCUUCAUUAUCAUAACAAUGUUUUCUAACCUUUAUAUAUAAAAGAUUAACUUACCUUGCUAAAACUUUAAAUGUGGUGAGUUUCUGUAAUGGGACAAUCUUUUAGAAAUAGAAAGGGACUUCAUAAUCAAAAUACAAAAAUGGAGCUACCAACAGUAUGGAGUUUUGGUCAAACUGCAUAGAUGUGCAGACUGGCCUGGCUCUAUACUGGUGGCAAAGACAUCACUUUCGGUUCCAGCUGGAUUGAAGAUUAAAUUUAAAUUGAUGAAAAUAUUAAAAAUUCUGGAAAAAAAAAUCUGCCAGUUUUAGAGUUUAGUUAAACUGCUUGUAUAGCACUCAGACUGGCAUGGCUCUAUAGUGAUGACAUAGUCUUGUUAGUACUGUCGCAAAAAUUCAGCGAGUAUAAUGAAAUUAAAAACCUUUUUCAGGGUAAAAAAAA